GUUGUGACUGUUGCGUGCUUACACAAAGCUGGAUAAGAAUUUGGUGUUCACACAUUAUACGAAACUUUGAUUGGUUAAAACUUUUUGCCUCAGUAGGAUUUUCAGUGAUGAUUGGUCAGUGCAGAUGAGGAACUACUUCCAGCUGAAAACUGAGGUGUUGAUUAAGAAUCUCUGGGGCAAAUAAUUCGUGUAUUUCACAUGAAAUUUGGUUCAAACUUGUAAACACCGUCCAUAGAUGGGCAUAUAUAGUGACCACAUAACUCAAGAUGAUGGGUGUACUGUGCUGUGUUAAGAAAAGAACAGUUUAAACAAAUGACAAGUUGACUGUGAAUGAGGGUGGUGCUACCCAAAAAGUCAAAACUUUUCAAUUUGUUUGUUUUUUAAACUGUUUGUAAUUAGAAAUUUUGCUUACACAAAAAGUCUUUAAAGAAUUUCAGCUUCUGUUUUAACAAGCACUGUUUUCCGACAUCGAUUAAAACUUUACGUUCAAAAUUAUGGAAGAGCUUUUCAAUAAUCAGAGAUCUGAAGAUGAUGACUUUUACAAAUUGCUCGGAGCUGAUGAGCUUUCAUCGACAGAACAAAUUAAUGUAGAGUUUAAAGUCAGAGUGCUUGAUGUGCACCCAGACAAGAAUCCCGACGAUCCUUCAGCAGCCGAUAAGUUUGCCAAACUGCAGAGGGCUCGGGAUAUUCUGACAGAUGAGAAAAAACGAAAAGAGUAUGACUACUGGAGACGGAGUGGACUGGCGGUACCUUACACUUCUUGGAUCGCGAUGAAAGACUCAAUGCACACGUCAAUGCAUUGGGCAGUAAGAAAGAAGAAAGAUCUAAUGCUUGAGCAUCAGCAAGAAGAGGCAGAGUCAGUAGAUGGCAGAGCUGGAAAGAGUGAAACAGAUGCAUGCGCAUACACUGUGACACCGCCCUCUAGCUAUGAAUAUUCCAGACCUUCUGGUUGGACCAGUGAACCUGCAAACGACAUCCUCCGAAAGUUUAGAAACUACCAACUGUAAGGACUGUCCCAGAAUGUUGAGCCCAGAAUUGACACUAUACCUUUAACUGACAACUGACUAGUGAAUGUUGGUGCUAAAUACAAAAUUUAGCCCAAUUUGCUGAAGCUAAAAAAAUUAUUGCUUAGUAAAAUCAGGUUACCAGCCUUUGUGAAAUCCACCCCAGUAUUAUGUAUAUUUUGACAAAUAAUGAAUUUCCAGGGGUGGAUUUCACAAAUUUACAACCAUAUCCAUUUUAAUUCCCACUUUCAACACCAUGAAAUACUUUUAAUCUUACUUGCCUCAAGUAACAUGCCUGGGGUGGAUUUCACAAAGGUAGUCCUAACUUAGGACUAGUCCUAGGCAAUGCUAAGAGAUAGGACCAGUCCU